GAAGUCAGUGUGUCAAUGAGUAUCGUAUAUAAGAUAAGUAUAGCUAAGGCCGUUGCAGCCCGUCGCAUACCAGGCUAUACGGAGCUAGAGACCAUGAAGAUCCUUAUUGUGCUUUCGAUUGUGGCGUUAGCCUCACCCAUCCUGGGUUCAGGCGGUGGUUACGGGUCGCACAGGUAUUAUCGAUACCCUGGUGGAUAUGGUGGCUACAGCUUUGGCCCAAUUGGAUAUAGUGGGCACGUCCGGAGUUAUGGGACGAGCUACCAUGGAUAUGGAGGUUACGGAGGUGGCGGCUAUGGAGGUUAUGGAGGUUAUGGAGGUUAUGGCGGUGGAGGCUAUGGAGGCUAUGGCGGUGGAGGCUAUGGAGGCUAUGGCCAUGGCGGCUAUGGCGGCAUUGGUCGUGGAGGAUAUGGAGGCUAUGGAGGUCAUGGAGGCUAUGGUGGCUAUGGAGGUCAUGGAGGCUAUGGUGGCUAUGGAGGUAUUGGAGGCUAUGGUGGUUAUGGAGGCUACGGUGGCUACGGACGUGGAGGCUAUGGCGGUUACGGUGGCUACGGACGUGGAGGCUAUGGCGGUUACGGUGGCUACGGACGUGGAGGCUAUGGCGGUUACGGUGGCUACGGACGUGGAGGCUAUGGCGGUUAUGGAGGUCAUGGAGGCUAUGGUCCCUAUGGCCCAUAUCGUAGAGUUUAUUCUUAUGGCUAUAGUAGUGGAUAUCACUAAAACGGAUACCAAAAUAAGUAAGCGUCUACCAAUGCAGCAUGUUCCUGAUAUUUAUAUAGUGUCACUAAUUUUACAAUGAUACGGGCACAAACAAACAUAAUUAUUCAAAAAUUGUCUCAUUUUUAUUGUUAAUGACAGAUCCUUUGCCGUUAUUGGUAGUUUCUGUUAUGUCAAUACUUUUUGUAAUUUAUUGUAGGCUGUUUAUCUUAUUUACUGUAUAGUAAAAUAAAUGCUUUUCUAAUGACAUA